AUGAUAACGCAUGCAUCUUCGACAUCAACAGAUCCUCUCAGCCCUGCUGCUGAACAGCUGCAACGUCUCCGGGAAAGGGAAUCUGCCUGGGCCUCGUUGUCGAUAGCCCAUACGCACGUUGUGACGAUGGAAGGCCUAAGAUCCGCUUUAACUUUCUCCGGAAAGGGCAUCAUAACUGCCGUAGUUGGAAGCGAUAUCCGUGUCCCCACCCCCGCCGGCAAUAGCGUUGCGCUUGCAGCACUCAAGACUUGCAUAUCACCUCGACCCUGGAUUGGCGCGGACGAGCCAGAGUACAAGUCCUUCCCUCUGCAUGACAUUCUUGCUAAGAAUGUCGUCGCCUUCGUUACGGACCCCACGCAGAACCUCUUGAUCGUGUUGGUUUACGGUCAACGAGGUGCCUCCUUGCCGGGUUGGGAGUGA